GCCUUAGCCGCGCCCCCUAGCGGUCGCUUGGCCGGCCAGUCAGUCAGCCACUCGCUCGGUCGAUUCGGCUCUGAGCAAGGGGGGGCUCCUUUGCCGGUUGAACUGCAGCCGCAGCGGCGAACCAGGCGCCCAGCACUCUCACUUGUCCGCCGCUGCCCGGCGGGCUCCCUCGGCGCCGCGCUCACAGCGCCUGAGCCCCCGCGCUUCUCCUUCCCUUCACGACGCAGCCGCCGCCGCCGCCAUGGACAUGAAGAAGCGGAUCCACCUGGAGCUGCGGAACCGGACCCCGCCGGAUGUACAAGAGCUUGUUCUUGACAACUGCAGGUCAAAUGAAGGCAAAAUCGAGGGGCUGUCAGGAGAGUUUAUCAACUUGGAAUUCCUCAGCUUGAUAAAUGUGGGGCUGACCUCCGUGUUGAAUCUCCCCAAGCUGCCCAAAUUGAAAAAGCUUGAACUCAGUGACAACAGAAUCUCUGGAGGUCUUGAUGUAUUAGCCGAGAAGCUUCCUAACCUCACACAUCUAAACCUCAGUGGAAACAAACUGAAGGAUAUCAGUACCUUGGAGCCACUGAAAAAAUUGGAAUCUCUGAAGAGCCUUGAUCUGUUCAAUUGUGAGGUAACAAAUCUGAACGAUUACCGAGAGAGUGUCUUCAAGCUUCUCCCUCAGCUCACCUAUCUGGAUGGGUAUGAUCAAAAGGACAAAGAAGCUUCCGAUUCAGAUGGUGUUGAUGAGGAAGACGAAGAAGAAGAUGAAGAUGAAGACGAAGACAGUGAGGAGGAAGAAUUUGAUGAGGAUGAAGAAGGAGAAGAUGAGGAAGAUGAAAUCUAUGGACAGGCGGAUUGGCCAAAACCGGCGUUCCGGAAGGGUCUUUCAGGACUUGGCCCGGACGGAGAGGAGGACGAAGAGGAAGAUGAUGAUGAAGAAGAUGAAGACGAUAGCGGGAAAGGUGAAAAGAGAAAAAGAGAAGCAGACGAUGAAGGGGAUGAAGACGACGACUAAGGCCUCACGCGCCCUCAAAGGACUGUUCAGUAUUGCUUGGGCCACCCCCUUGGAUGAUCUGUGACUUGAGGAGCACGUGAGGCACACCUGUAGUCGUCUAACAAGCCCCCCUCCCUGCCCCGAGUGCAGCACCUAAAGAGCCAAAGAGUCGGCCAUUCCUCUGACAUUCCACACCCCUCACAGCUGAUCUCUCCAGGUGGUUACAGACCUAGCCCUUGUGGGCUAGCACCUUCAUUUAUCCUCUUGGGGUUCCCAGGCCUUCAUCUCCCACUGUUGCCAUAGCGAGAAGAGCAAGUGUGAUGGGUCAGUCCUGGUUGUUGGGGGCUACGCACCACCCCACUGACUGUAGUCCCUUUUUACUUUUUGUGCGACGAGGCUUUGUAAAUAGAGUCCUGAUGUUUUGGGGACUGUUCUUCAUGCUUUGCUUCCCCCCUGCCUCCCUUUUCCUUUUGUAAGACGUUGGAUAUUUUUUACAUUAGGAUGUUUUAUGCAACAACAGAAAAGUAUUUUUAAGAACUUGAAUGAAAUAAACGUUAUUUGGUAAACUAGUCUUGUAAAUCGGCUAUAUUCAAACUCUUUUAUCUGGGGCUCUGUGGCCCCGCCCCAGAAGCCAGAAUCUGGGCAGGGUGGUAUAUUUCUCUGCUUUGGAAAUAAAAAUUGUGCACCAAUAAAAGCUGAAUUCCUUGACGUAUAUAAA